UCACAUUUCAUAACUCUAAUUGUGCUCUUCUCUCUCACGCUUUUACUCACUCUCCCAAACUUAGCCAUUUCUCUUCAUCUCCUUUGCCAACCAGCGAAAAAUCUCCUACCGUUUCCCAUUUGAAAAAAGAAAUUCGAGAAUGGAUGGGAAUGAUUCUGUAGAUUCAAAACAGGACACUACUGAUAUGGCAACUUUUGUCCAGAAUCUACUGCAACAGAUGCAAUCAAGGUUCCAAACAAUGUCGGACUCCAUCAUCACAAAGAUUGAUGAGAUGGGCAGCAGGAUUGAUGAGCUAGAGCAAAGCAUCAAUGAUCUCAGAGCAGAGAUGGGUGCAGAGAACUCUCCUUCUCCUUCUCCUUCGGUUCCAUCUGGGCCAAAGGAUGAUUCCAAGUCACCCAAAGAAUCCUAAAGGUGUUCUGUGAUAUCUUAAAUGAAUCCAGCAUUUACAACUACAACAUGGUAUUUCUGGACUCCGUGUUUCUUUUGAUCCCUAGCCUUUCUCAUAUGCUAAAUCUGUAGUAAAUCUCAACUUUUGGAACAGACAAGUAUGCCUAAUAUAUUUAACUAAUGUCUCCUCCUAAGUGCUAUUUUCAUAGGAUACUGAUAGCCUUUUUGAAGCA